CCGGCAUCGCGCGUGGUCUGUCAAGCGAGUCUGACGAUCUCGCAUGGCCGUUGCCGACGUCAUUUUACUGUGAUGCUCAUCGUGUUGCGAUGUCCUUCUUCGUACAGUUCGGCAGCGUACUAUUCGGCGUGCUCUUCUUAAUGUUGGUUGUGCCGCCGACCGAUGGUUUCUCUUACGAAAACCUGCCCGCGGUCGCGAUGGACUACAAGGUGCACGUUGACGCCGGCAAGGAGGACUGCUACUUCCAAUAUGUAAAUCCAGGCGCGACGUUCUACGUCAGCUUUCAGGUUUUGCGUGGUGGAGAUGGAAAAGCUGGCUUUGCAGUAAGAAAUCCAGAAGGAGUUAUAGUUUAUCCUUAUCAAUGGCGUCCUAACGCCGACUAUCAGGAUCAAUCGGUAAAAGGUGGUUAUUAUAGCGUAUGCAUUGAUAACCAAUUUUCAAGAUUUGCUGCAAAAUUAAUCAAUCUGUACAUCACAGUGAUUAGGUAUGAUAAGUGGCAGAAAUAUACACAGGAAUUAGAAGAACUGAAUCUUUCUGUCGAGAAUUUUACGAGUACAAUCGUGAAUGUGGAGAAAAACAUUAAUGAAAUGCUCCAUACUCAACAUUGGAGCAGGAGCAGAGAAGCAAGAGAUUUGAAUCUGCUAAUGGACAAUAAUUCUUAUGUGCAAACAUGGUCGAUCGCGCAGGUACUUGUCAUUACGUUGACGACUAUGGUCCAAGUAUACUUCGUCAGAAAGCUGUUUGAUGUGAAACCAUCUGGACAUUCCAAAACACGCAUUUAAUACCGAUUGCAGUCAAUUGUUUACUCGA